UUCACUCAUCUUGUCUGCAAGCUCCAGCCAAAACGUGACUACAAACCUUUUAUUUAUUUUGCUACCUUUAAAUCCCAUUCCUAAACAAGGUGUAACUUCCAGUGACGCACAAACAUAUUUGAGAUCGCGCUUGUGUUUUCUUUUUUAAGAAGAAUCGAGAGUGAAUGGCGUCUUUUUUUUUUUUGCUACAAAGGGAAAAUAUAUUAUUGUGAAUUAUUAUGAUAUGAAUGUGUUGUGCCGGAGUGAUUUUUUGUUUGAUUGUUUAUUUUUUCGUCGUGGAUCUCUAACCUGGGAUUUAGUACUACCAAAACAAGUCGAGUCUCUGCUCUGAAGGACAUUUCUACUCCUUCUACAAACACAGGAUUUAAAAUCGUUGGUGUCUUUUUUUAAACAUAAAAACUAAAAACUAAAUUCAUGUGGCGAUUUUUCCUUUUAGCAAACGUAAUUUGGAUAGCAGAAUGAGCAAGGGAAGACCCAAGAGAAAUAUUAUUCAAAAGAAAUACGAUGACAGCGAUGGUAUUCCUUGGUCAGAGGAGAGGGUGGUACGCAAGGUCCUUUACUUGUCUCUGAAGGAGUUUAAGAAUGCACAGAAGAGGCAGCAGGGUGAUGGGGAAAGAACCAAAAACGCAAUUGGUUCCUUGGCUAAUGGGAAGUUAAACGGAUUAGGACCAAAAUCAUCAGGAAACGGGAAAGAAGAUGGUUCCCAGGUGUCCUCUCACACGAACGACUGUGGUUCAACAGACUCAGAGGAGGGGCCAGUUAAAAAGAGGCCAAGACUACAAGCACAAAGGAAAUUCGCUCAGUCACAGCCCAACUCCCCCAGCACAACUCCCAUAAAGGUGGUGGAGCCUGCUUUACCAACUCCAGUCUCCCAGAUCACAGACCUCUCCAAACGGAAGCCCAAAACAGAGGAUUUCCUGACCUUCCUCUGCCUCCGAGACUCUGCUGCGUUGCCCAGCAACAUGGCGUAUUUCGGAAGCUCUCAAGACGAAGAGGAUUUGGAGGAUGAAGAUGAGGAAAGUAUGGAUGUGAAGCCAGCUGCUUGCAUCGCUUCAACGUCCUGCAAUUCCACACCCAGAAAAGGCAAGCUGCACGGCAAACACACUGUAAAUGGCUGUGUUUUGAAUGGUCACAGAAAACCGUCUCGGGAGAGAGAGUCCACUCCGAAACACAAAGGCAAGGAGGCCACGCCAGGGAAGGAGAGAAGCGAGAACAAGGCAGAGAGUCGCAGAGAACAAGCUUCUGCUGCAGCAGCUGCUAACAAUGUGAGAACCUCGGCAAAAGGUUCAGCUGCUAACAGCCAUGCUCUCAGCAAAUCAGCUCAGGAGCUCCGAAAGCAGGUUUCGAAAGUGAGUGGAUAUACGCGGGCCUCUUCCCAAGGUGCACACCCACCCAGUGCCAAAAAGAUGAGAGAAUUCCGACCUUUGCCAUCUAAAACUGUGAAAUACACAGCCACCACGACCAAGGGGCACAUCACCUACACCAAAGCAAAACGAGAACUGGUCAAGGAAACCAAACUGAACCACAGUAAAUCCACAGCGGUUCACCACAAUAACCACCACCACAAUAACCACCACCAUGAAAACUCAGGAAAAGCAGAAAGUAGCCAUUCAAAAACACGUAAACAGGUGCUAUUAUCUAAUGGGGUGCAUAAGAUAGCAAGGGGUGGCUGUGUGCGUCUCAAUGGGAGGCUAAACAGGCGGCUAUGCGCCAAGGAGAAGGGCAUGCGGGUGCGAGAGGGGUUGCGCAACUCCAAAAGGCAGCUGGAGAUGGCAGGCCUCGGUGGGAAGCAGCUCCAGUCCAAUUCCAAGAAAGCCAAGCUCCAUGUGCACUCGCCUGAAACCCGCAGCAGGAAAGCCAAUCUGGAAAAGGCCUUGCUGAAUGGGCACCUGAAGGCCCCGGAGUGCCCAGAGCCCAGCUCAGAAAGGCAGAGGCCCAAAAGAGCAUCGGCGAGCAGGCAGUCUCCUAGCAAACAAGCACACCACAAAACGGAGAGCGUCCCCAGCGAGAACCGUUCUACCUCAGUAACAGAGUCCUCCCUGCACAAGCUGCCUGAGCCCAAAGCGGAGAAAGAGAAAGGGGGCAAUAGCAAGUCUGGCUGGUCCUCGAUUAGUGAGGCUCCAGUCUUUAGGCCAACCCACAAGCAGUUCCAGGACCCUCUGGUUUACAUUGAGUCAAUCCGGAAGCAGGCAGAGCCCUAUGGGCUCUUCAGGGUGGUUCCCCCGCAGGACUGGCGGCCAGAGUGCAAACUGAGCGAUGAGAUGCGCUUCGUCACACAGGUGCAGCACAUUCACAAGCUGGGCAGACGCUGGGGGCCCAAUGUGCAGCGGCUGGCCUGUAUCAAAAAGCACCUCAAAUCUCAGGGCAUUACCAUGGAGGAGCCCCCACUCAUAGGAGGCUGUGAGCUGGACCUGGCUCGCUUUUUCCAGCUGAUCAAUGACAUGGGCGGCAUGCAGCAGGUGACGGACCUCAAGAAGUGGAACAAGCUGGCGGACAUGCUGCGCAUUCCCAAGUCUGCCCAGGACCGACUGGCCAAACUGCAAGAGGCCUACUGCCAAUACCUGCUGUCAUACGACUCCCUGUCUCCCGAGGAGCACAGGCAGCUGGAGAAGGAGGUGCUGGCUGAGAAGGAGAACCUGGAGAAGAGGAAGGGCCCUCUGGAGGGACACUCUGAGAACACCCACAAUUGCCAGUCGCUGCCCAGAUUUGAGCCCAAAAAUGGACUCAUCAAUGGCGUUGUGCACAAGAAUGGCUUUCGCAAUAAGCUGAAAGAGCUGGACACUCAGUUGAAAACAGGCCGACGGCGACUGUUUGCUCAGGAAAAGAAAGAGAAUGAUAAAGAUAAUGGAGUUCUAAGCGACCACCACAAAUGUGUAUAUAAGGGAAGAUCGGUAUCGUUAACUACAUUCUACAGAACAGCCAGAAACACCAUGAACAUGUGCUUUAACAAGGAGCCAGGGGUAGCAGAUGUUGAGCAAGAAUACUGGAGGAUAGUGGAGCAGAAGGAUUGUCAUGUGGCAGUGCACCAUGGGAAAGUGGACACAAACACACAUGGAAGUGGCUUCCCUGUGGGCAAGUCAGAGCCAUUUUCAAAGCAUGGAUGGAACCUCACAGUCCUUCCCAAUAAUUCAGGAUCCAUCUUGCGACAUCUUGGUGCUGUACCUGGAGUGACCAUUCCCUGGCUGAACAUUGGCAUGGUCUUUUCUACCUCAUGCUGGUCUCGGGACCAAAACUGCCUUCCAUACAUUGAUUAUUCACACACUGGUGCUGAUUGUGUUUGGUAUUGCAUUCCUGCUGAGGAGAACAAAAAACUGGACAAAGUGGUGCACACCCUGCUACAGGCCAAUGGGACUCCAGGGCUGGAAAUGCUUGAGAGCAACAUCAUGAUCUCCCCAGAGGUGCUGAUUCGGGAAGGAAUUAAGGUGUACCGUACAGUCCAGAAGAGCAGCGAGUUCAUUGUCUCUUUCCCGGGAACCUUCGUGUCAAAAGUGUGCUGUGGGUACAAUGUUUCUGAAACCGUGCACUUCGCAACCACCCACUGGAUGAACCUAGGAUAUGAGGCUGCUAAGUACCUAAAAUGUAGGCGUAUAGCUAAGCCCUUUUCGAUGGAGAAACUGCUAUACCAGAUUGCAACAGCGGAGUCCAAACGGGAGAAUGGGCAGAUUUUGAGUACAAUCUCUUCACUUCUCCAAGAGCUCAGGGAUAUAGAGUUGAAAGAACGACAGGAGCUGUUUGAGGCAGGCCUUCUGUCCACAGCUCGCUACGGAAGUCUUGACAACAACCAGGUGACGCUGGACGGGAAGAAAAAGCCUCGAAAGUGGCUUGCGCUGGAGACGUCGGAGAGGCGGUGUCAGAUGUGCUUGCACCUAUGUUACCUUUCCAUGGUUGUUCAAGAGAAUGAGAACGUUGUGUUCUGUUUGGAGUGUGCUCUCCGCCAUGUGGAGAAGCACAAGUCCUGCCGUGGGCUCAAGAUGAUGUAUCGAUACGAUGAGGAACAAAUCAACAGCUUAGUGAAUCAGGUCUCUGGAAAAGUGACUGCAAAAAACGGCGACGUUGGAAACUGCAUCACUCCCAGCAAGACCCCACUGAAGCGAGGACCCAGGAAACGAGCCACCAUCAACGUACCGCUCUCCAGGCUUCCCUCUUCAAAUGCGCCCAAAAGUGCUUCAACUUCCUCAUGAGGAUGCCAACUCUUGUUUUUUUUUUUUUUUUUUUGUAUAAUAGUUUGGAGAACUUGCCGUAGAAUGCAAGCUGUCUUUGCACUAGCUCUAAAGAUAAUUGUUAUGUUUUUAGAGAAGUAUUUUGUUUUAGCAUUAAAUUGUUGGGGUUACAUUUUUUUUUAGGACAAUUUAUAUAUACAUAUAAGUAUGUAUAUAGAUAUUAAACCCAAACUGCAGUCACAGGUUUUAUUUUAAAAUGCAGUACCUUCACUGUUUUAAAAGCAGGUUGAAGGGCUGAUUGACUUUGUUUUUUCUCCCCCUCUUCAGCCCCUUUGACUGCAUAAGCCUUUUGUUUGGGAUUUUUGUAACUGUGAAAAAAGUGGGCUAUUUUAAGAACCCUGAUUGGAAUAGAAUAAAGUUAGAAUGUUGUGUUUUUUAGGUUGUCAUGCAAGCAGCUUUUUUGGGGGGAGAGGUUUGGAAGUAAAACUUGAAAGAAACUGCUUUGCUUGGCUGAUUUUUGUAUUUUUUUUUUUAUUUUAUUUAUUUUUUGGUAUUUUUAUUUUAAUUUAGUUGAGGCAGGACGGUAUGAGAGAGUGGGGAGAAGGCCCUGGCAGCUUACAAUAAUAGACUUAAUUUACAAGACAAUAAGUCAGAUGCUAGCUAAAUGACCAGUGCAUUCUCUCCUUUUCAUUGCUAUGCAUCUGAAGAGAGUAAAAAACGAGAAAGUGACUGCCUGCCAGUUUUAAGCGUCAUUACAUUAUGAAAACUGUGCCUGAUUUAAUAGGAAAUCCAUACGAAUGUUUUGGUGCUUGUUGGUUAUUUUAUCAAAAAAAGAAAGCCUUGUAAUGGCAUUCUCAAACACAAGACAGAAGCUGUUGGUGCUUCUUUGUUCUAGAUGUGCAAUUGUAUUAACAUUCCAUUGUCAUUCUGUCAUCUGUAUUCAACUCGAUAAGCAUUAACUAUUUUAUGUUUUGUUUGUGUUUUUGUUUUGUUUUUUUUGGUCUGAUGUAACUUCACAAAUAGAGCCACUAGAAAAGGGUGUGAAAUGUGAAAAUCCUGAUUUCUAUCAUGUUUCCCUUGUGUUUUUUCACUUUUUCCAUAUGUAUAAAAACACUUUUGUACAUACGCCUGUAAAUUUCUUUAAAUACUUGAGCCUUUUUUAGGGGAGGGGAAGGAGGUAGGGGAGAAGAGCAAAGAAACCAGAUGAAGAAAAGCCUUACAUUUUAGUUUCUUCAUCCGUCUGAGUUUUAUGCUUACAGGGUUUCUCUUGUAACAUUUAUAAAUAAGUGCUGCUUACAUCACUGAAUAAAUCCAGAGUAGCUUUUGCCCCUUUUAGUGUUUUUUUUUUUUAAGAAAAGGGAAAGAUGUUCACCACCGAUUUUAUCUUUUCAUUACUGAAAAUUCAACAAUGUAGUAGCUACCUAUGUUGCACUGAGCUUGCAAGUGGUUACUGCCAAGAAAUCCUAUAAUCCAGUUUGUUGGUUGUCGUCCUUGCAGAAGACUGAACUGUUUUAGGAGUAUUUAAUGAAAACAUAACUGAGUCAAGUGUUUUCAAAAUGUGGUUGUCGAGUUUUUAUGGCCUUACAAUGUGUGUUUUCCCCUUUCUGCAGUAAACCUCUUAUUGCUUACAGUCUGACAUUUUAAUUUAUUAGUGCUGCUCACCUGCCUUUCCUUCCAAGUGGAAAGAUUCAUGUUGGUUAUUGCCGGUUUUUUACUUUUCAGGUUUGUAUUUUUAAGGUUUAAUAAAAACUUAUGGACAAUUCACUGUCA